ACACGCAAUUUGUUAAAUUAAUACAGCAAAACUUUAAAUUAGCAACAAUUUGUUCUUCCAAUCUUUCCUUCUUGUAAGUUCUACUAUCUUGUGUAAAUUGUCUUCCUAUAAAACGAAAUAAAAAGAGUAGCAAAAAGACAAGAUUUUCGUUCUGGUAAAGUCCAAAAUAAAAUUAAGUUUAAUCACAGUAAUCAUCAAUCAUCAAUCAUCACCUAAAAUUGAACUAAUUAUUUCACUCGAAUGUUCAUUCUUCAACUUUCCCUCACUUCUCAACAGAUCCAAAUUCUCUCACCAGUCACCAGAUGCUUAUACAAAAUUCCCCAAAUUACCCCUCAAUUUCCUCUUUAUUACCAGCCUCCCACCGCCGCCGUCGUCGUCGCCGCCUAUACAAUCAACGGCUGGCAUCACUCCACGUCACUGAUCCUUUAGCAUCAACGGCUUUAUGUGUGAGGCUGUGAUUUUAGGGUUUCUGAUUAGGUUGAUUUUGGGCGCGGGGUAAAUUCGGUAAAUGCUGGGGAUUCCGGUGCUACUAGCUUUGGCGCUCUUGAUUUUUACGCUGGUUUUACGCUGGACUUUGAAGAAUGAUGUACCUGAGAAAAUGGAGGUUUUCGAUUCUAGAGAUGCUACAAUGGCGGAUUUUGAUGCGUUUCAGGGACAUUUUAGUAAUUCUACUGUUGUGAUUAAGCCUAGUUAUGAGUGUGCUGUUUGUUCUUCUCUCACCUCCACUCGCUGCUCCCGCUGCAAGACUGUUCGUUAUUGUUCUAGUAAGUGCCAAAUAAUUCAUUGGAGACAAGGUCACAAGUUUGAAUGCAAUCCUCAAGGCCACGGUGCAUUCGAGGGAGAUCAUUUAAGUAGAAAUGCAGAAACUACGGAACAAUGUGAGACAUAUGGCAACUAUUCUGCUGAUGAUUAUCCAAGAAUGGAUGAGAAGAACACAACCGGUCAGCUGGAUCAUGAUGUUUUGGAUUCCCCUGUACCCCGUCUAUCUACUGUGACUAUUGACUCUUUUGACACUGACAUUGGACGGAGUUCAUCUGGUGAAAAUGGGACACCUUUCUCAGACAUUAACGCACCUAAUAUGGACCAAAGAGAAGAUAAAAGUAACAAAUUAGAUUCAAAAACUUCAAUGGGGUUGGGAUCAACAGUGAAAAAAUUGAAGAGAGAGAAAUCAAGGCAAGGUGAGAGAAGGAAAUCCAGGUCUUCCAAUUCAGACAUGCCAUCAGGAAUUAGAAAAGGUAAUCUGUCUGAUGGAACUGUCUCGGGUAAUAUACAUAAUUUUUCCAAGUCCAAAGAGGUUCCUUACGUGGAUAUUGAGGGACAGAAGCAUUCACAGAAAAUGAAUCAUGGGAGUGUCAACUCCUUGGCCGAUAAACAUUCUGGCAAUAGUUUAUUGCCAUCAAGAAGCAUGAGUUCAAGCCAGGUACCAUAUAAUGGCUUCAAAUCAUCUCUCCAGAAAGUUGUGCAUCAUUUCAAGACCUCUCAUCAGAAGAAGCCACCUCUAUGUAAUAGUUCGAUCGGAACGUCGGGAAACCAUAACUACAAGUCAAUGUUUCAGCAUGAUGCAUUUUUGAAAUUGUACUCCUCAAAUGACGUCGAGUUAGAACCAUUUGGCCUUACUAACUGUGGAAACAGCUGCUAUGCAAAUGCUGUGCUCCAAUGCCUUGCAUAUACUCGACCCUUGACGAUGUAUCUCCUUCAAGGGCUUCAUUCAAAAGAAUGUUGGAAGGAUGAAUGGUGUUUUGUUUGCGAGUUUGAACAUCUUAUCCUGAAAGGAAGGGAAGGUUACACUCCGCUAUCCCCUAUUCGAAUCCUCUCUAACAUUAGUCAUCUUGGUCAUGGCAGAGAAGAAGACGCCCAUGAAUUUUUGAGGUAUGCUGUUGAUACAAUGCAGUCUGUUUGCGCUGAGCUGGCUGGACUUACAGGUCCAGUGGCAGAGCAUAGUACUCUAGUUGGAAUGACAUUUGGGGGCUUUCUUCAUUCUAAGAUAAGAUGCAUGAAGUGCCACAACAAAUCGGAGAUAUAUGAAAGAAUGAUGGAUCUCACUGUAGAGAUAGAUGGGGAUGUUAGAACUCUUGAACAGGCACUCAGAAGAUUUACAGCUUCUGAAAUGUUAGAGGGGGAUAACAAGUACUACUGCAACAGAUGUAAAUCUUAUGAGAAAGCUAAGAAGAAGCUCACAGUCUUCCAGGCACCAAACAUCCUUACAAUUGUGCUGAAGCGAUUCCAGGCUGGAAAUUUCACUAAAUUGAAAAAGCCUGUUCAGUUUCCGGAAAUGCUGAACAUGAGUCCUUAUAUGAGUCACUCGAGUGAUAAAUACCCUCAAUACAGUCUAUAUGCUGUGGUAGUUCAUUUGGAUGUUUCAAGUGCAGAAUUCUCUGGUCAUUAUGUGUGCUACGUGAAGAAUUACCGUAAAAAGUGGUUCAAGAUUGAUGAUAGUGUGGUUAUUAGCGUGGAUUUGGAGAGGGUCUUAUCAGAAGAGGCAUAUAUGCUUCUGUAUGCGAGGGAUAGUCCAAUGCUUCCAGCAUCAGGGAGGAAUUCCUAUAAUGGCAAGCCUGGUGGGGUGAAUUUUGAAGCUGCUACCGCCAGUUGCAGUGAGAUAUAUGCUAUGCCAAAGGUUAGGCAUGGUAGUUCAGAUGCCAGUGUUGAUCCUUUGGUGAUGCAGCGUGAGUCAAGUAAAAGCAGUUAUGCCAAAGAACCUUCAUAUGUUGAGGAGUGGGUUACUCACUCUGUUGAAAGCAUUCCGAGGGUGGAUUCAUCAAGUGAGAUCUCCUCCCUGUUCAGCUACUCAGAAGAAGGCACGUGUAGUACACCAAGCACCAAAGAUUCUGCCAGUGUGGACGAUUUCUCUGAUUACAUAUUUGGAAAAGGCAGUGUUGCUGGUCGUUGAAGUCGAAAUGGCAUUGGUAAUAAAUGAAGUUAUCGGUAUGAUUGUGUGUCAUUUGCAAAAAAGACUUGCGAAGUCUAUGGUAAUACUACUCCAUCUCUGAGUAUGUGUUCUUUUUCUUCAAUUUCCAUCCCUGCUCAGUACCGCCUACUACGGUAAUUGAGUGGUAAAGAGAAUUUAAGAAAGAUGCAUAUUCUAGAGUAGAGUUGUAUUAUAAUGGACAUCGACAUUAUGUCUUUCUUACUCAUUUACACAGACCCAUUACCACUGCGACCUAAGAAAUCAAAGGGAAGUUCAGCAAAGGCUGUAUAUUUGUAAUUUAACAACCAGACAAUCAAAUCGUAGGUUUAAGUCUAACUUUACCAGCUUAGUGUUUGGUUAAGUUGUCUAAUGCGAGUUGCGCACUUGCUCUCUGUUAAGUUCGGGAGAGCAAGAUUAAGCUCAAAUGUUUUAUUCAGGUUUGAGCUUUUGAGUCAAUUGGGGGUUGGAGGGAGUUUUCGACAAGUCACUGUAUAGUUAGUUAGUACUAUAAUUCUUAAGUGUUGUACUAAGCGUGUUUAUUCAAUACCAUUGUUGUUCCAUGUACCUUAUUUUUUGGGACAUACUUGUUCAAUAUACCAUAAUUCUUAUGAUUUUAGCGUA